AUGGAUAAAUUUUUCACAGAUGAACGAAAAAUUCAUAUAUCAUCUGCGGCUGUUUUGAUUUUUGUCAUUUUUUAUGGAAUUAUUGGGUGAGUAAAGAUAUUUUCAGAAAAUCUUAAUUUAUUUGAAAAUUCCAGAUUUUUGCCGAGUUUGUUGAUUGUCGCAAGUUUAUUUGCUGGAAUUGCAGUAUCGUUAUGGUGUUUUUCGAGUGCGAAUGGAGAAAUGUUCGAUGCAUGGAAGGUACUGUAGUUUUGCUGCCAAGGAAAUGUAUACCUGCUUUUUUUAUUUGGCAACCGACUUUUCGGAAUUUAGAAAAAUAUUAUUUUAAAAAAUUCCAUAUUCCAGACAUCACUUACAUCAAAAUUGAUGUCAAUUCUUCCAUCAACUGCAACUUCAACAAGCAAUUCAAAAAUCGAUUUUGAAAGUGAAAAAACUCGUCGAAUGCCAUGGGAAGGUUUAACACUUCCCUCGUCACUCAAUGAAAGUCUCGAAAAUCUUUUGAAUGAAAUCGUUGAACAAUAUUUUAAUUGGUGGUAUGGUCGAAAUAUCAGUCAGGAUCGAGCAUUUCUCAAUGAAAUACGGUAUAUUUUUGAUUGGAAAAUAUUUAUUGUUUUAUAUUGUUUUUUUUGUUGUUAAAAUUACACAUAUUUCAGCUAUCAAUUGAGAUAUUCUUCGGCUAAUUUGGUAAAAUGUAUUCGAAGAAUUGAUUUAGCUGAAUUUGUAACUGAAAAAGCACUACCAAUUUCACUAUUUCAUGUGACAAGAUUGGAUGAAAUGGAAAGAAAAAUAAAAGAAAAUGGAGCAAAUUGUCCACGAUCAAUGAUUGAAUCAAAAAUGGCUGAAAUGUUAACAGAUUGUCAUAUUGCAUUAACAAAUCGAGAACAAGAAACUGAAUAUCUCAAACAAGUCGCUGAUUUUCUUAUUCCAAGAUUAUUAGAUGAAACUCGAUUAGCUGGAAGAGCACAUGAUGAUGAUAGUCCAUUUAAAAUAUUUGGAAGAUCAAAAAAUGAAAGACCGUGGCCAUCAAAAUCAGUUCGAAAUUGUAUGAGAGAAAUGUUGACAAAUGCUGUAUUAAUACCAUUAUUGGAUAUGUUAUCACAACCAGAUACAAUUAAUUAUUGGCUUAUUCUACUUUUUGAUGAUAAUAAACAACAACAAAUAAGUGAUCCUGUUGAUUUGACAGAAGUUCAAUUUUUGAAAGGAUUAUCUUGUGAUGCAAUUAUUGACAAUGUUCCUGAUUCAUUACUUCAAUUGAAAUUGAGUGAAAUUUUGAGAGAUGCAAAAUAUUAUUCAAUAUUUCGAAUGUAUCUUCAAGAUAUUCGUGGACCUGUUCAUGAAUUGCAAUUUUUAGCAGAAGCAACAAGAAUUCAUGAAAGUAUUCAACGAAAAUCUGAAAAAGCAAGUCAAAUUGCAUAUGAUAUUUGGCAAUUAUACACACAAUUUAUACAUGAAAGUGCGCAGGAAAAAGUAAUUCUUGAUGAAAAAUUAGUGGCAAAAUAUGAAGAAGCUGUGGAAAGUAAAGAUAUCGAAAUUCUUGAAGGUAUUAUUGAAACAUCUUAUCAAGUUGUAUAUAAUCGAAUGCAAACUGAUCAUGUUAUAUCAUUUUGUCAAUCUGAAUGUUUUCUUGGAUUUUUAUGUGGCUCACCGCCGAUUACAAUUAAUGAAUUAAUCGAUAGAGAUACACAAGAAAGAAGAAAACAUCAACCAGUUGAGAAAACAUUUUCAUUAUCACAACUUCGUGCAAGAGUUCGAAAAGCAUUGAUAAGUGAUGGAGAUUCGGAAGAAGAACAACAAGCAAAUACACCUGAAUCCCAAUCUUCUUCUUCAACAAGUUCUUUUGUAAAUGUUCCAUCAAUUGAUGUCAUAUCAGAAGAAGAAGGAGAUAUUGUUCAAGAAGAAUCAAUUGCAGCUGAAGAAAGAUGUGAAAAUGUUGGAGGUGGAUUAAUUAUGGAUGCGGAUGCAAGAGAUUUGAAUACUUGGAAAGUAAAUGUUGCCAAAGUUGCACCAUUAAAAGAUACUUAUACAGGUUUGUGACACAAAAACAAUUGCAUAUAAAUUUAUUUUCAAAAUUUUCAGACCGAACAAUUUAUGUGUUUGUUAUUGAAGUUGAAAGACCAGAUGCAAAACCACACGAAACUCGAAGUUGGUCUAUUCAUCGAUCAUUUAAUGAAUUCUAUGUUCUCGAAUCAAAACUCAAUGUUUUCCACGGCGAUUCUCUUCGUUUUGCUGCUCUUCCUAUUCGAAAAACAUUUGUCACACGAAAUCGUCCAUUUAUGGAACAACAUCGUCUCAUUUUCUCAACUUUUAUCUCAACUCUUUGCAAACAAAAAGUUCUGAAUCGAUCUGAACUCUUACUUACAUUUUUGUCGAGUAACGAAGAAUUUCGAGAUACUCUUAUGUUGAGUGAUUUGAAUCCGUGGAAAGUUGUCAAAAAGAUGCCUGGAAAAUUGUCGAGAGAAAAAGGGCAGAAUUUAAAACCAUAUUUAUUGAAAACAUUGGCAAAUACACUUGCACCAGUUAUUCUUCCUUCAGAAGAGAAAGUAUUUGAUAAAACAUUUAGUUCUGAUAUUCAAGAAAAUGGGUAAGCUUGAACUUCAGAAUUUUGAAACAAUUUUUAAAAAUAUUUCAGAAGUAUCGGUUCACUUGGUCUAACUUCUCCUCCAAUAAAUACAGUUGCAACAAAUGUAAUUUAUUCAUCAGUUUAUGGAAAUAAUUUUGGUGGAAUUAUUGAUUCCGAAAUUGCUCGAAAUAAUGUAAUCGAAAGAUCAAUUUGGAGUAAAAGUUCAUUCGAUGCAAUUCUUCUUUUAAUUUGGUCGACUUUCUCAAAAUUCCCCUAUAUUUUGAAUAUUCUUUCGGCUAUCAGAACACUUUGUUCGACAACAAUCAAUUCAACAAUUCGAUUGAUUUUUGAUGGAGUUUUUCAAAAAUGUUUGCGAAUUGAGAAUCUUGUUUAUCUUGUUCAACAUAUUCAAUAUACACUUUUUAAUAAUGAUCAACCUUGGCCAACAGAACAAGAAAUGAAAAUGAGAGAAGAAUUAGCAAAAAGAAGAACAUUGGAAUAUUUUCAAAAUUUUGUAAGUUUUUUAAAACUUUAUAAAAAUAUAUUAUUUUUCUCAACUUGUAUUUUCAGAUAAAUCACCGUGCUGAACGAUUAAUUGGUCGAGAACAUAUCAAAGAUCUAGUGAGCCGCCUUUUAGAAGGACUACAGUAUCCACGAAUGAAUAAACAAUUGCUAUAUGUUAUUUUAGAUCAAUUAUUAGUUGAUGUAUUUACGGAACUCAGCGAAGAAGGACAUCAUCCAUUACAAUAA